GUUCAAUGCGAUAGUCGGUGGAAAAUUAAUUUGCAGCAGUUAAAACCACUUUGAACGUUUCUGAACCAGAUGGGUGGUACCACAAUGCUCUAAGCAAAAUGCAAAGAUGAUGGAGGUUGACCACGAGUAUCUGCAGGGCCUAGGGGUGGGGCUACAGGGUCUUCGUACUUCUGGGCAGUUCUGUGAUGCCAUGGUCUGUGUGGGCAGCACCCGAAUACUGGUUCAUAAGGUAGUGCUGAGUGCUGCCAGCAAAACUCUCCAUGACCUGGCCCUGGACUUUGAUAUGAUGCCGCACAGAGACAGAGACCAGCUGGAGAUAGUUAUCCCUCCUGACAUACCCCUUCUGGCUGUCAACGCCUUCAUCAACUUCAUAUACACAGGUCAGCUGGACUUGACCAGUCGUAUCGUGGCUCACAUGGAGAGACUGGCCUCACUGUUUGACAUCCAAAGACUGACCAACAUCUGUCAGAAGUUCAUUCAGAGGUCAACAACACCAGACAGUCAGAACCUGAACCUACAGACAGUGAACCAGACUGAGGCAGACAGUUCCCUUAAUGGGUCAAGGCCAGGUCGACGUGAGCAUCGUCUCAGCAGCGCGUCGGAACUCAGCAGGAGUAACUCUGCGUGCUCAGGGUUCAGCAGUGACCUGGGGUCAUCCGGGGUCGUCAAUGUAAAAAUAGAGCCCGCCCAUUUGGCAGCAUUUGAAACUGCCUCUGAUCAUGCACAACAUGGCAUGACUGCAACUGCAGGCCGGGUUUCCGCGCUGAAGAAGGUUCCUGGACAGGGCUCACUGAGCAUGCUGGAGAAACUGAUGAGCCCCCGGGUAAACCUGCAGAAGCUUCCUGCCAACAUUACGCCAGAUGUGGUCGUCAUGGUGAGUGACGAAGAGACAGAAGGCGUAAAUAACUCCUCCCCACACUCUGGGCUGCAGUACACACUAGCUGAGAAGGAGGCAAUAGCGGUGGAGGCCAAGCGUUAUGGCACCACACAUGUGUCCCAGUCACGGAACAUUCCCCUACCGGAUAUACUCAGCUGGAUGACUUUGUUCGGACUGAGGAAUCCUGUACUGCAAAAGAAAGAGGGACGGGGGAAGCAGGUGAACCACGAGGCUGACUUGGCAUUGGUGCGUUGGAUUGUGCAGCAGCAGGAGUUCCAUGGAUGUGUGGAUCUUGACAGUAUGAAACAGUAUGCUCUCACUGUGCAUCAGAAAACAAACCCGAAAUUCUGUGCCUCCAAAACAUGGCUUGGGAACUUCCUUCAGCGCAAUUUAUCUGUGUUGCAGAAAACCAAGUUUGUUCAUGGUGACAAGACUGAAAUGAAUCUUUGUGCUGAGGCAGCCCUUCCUGUGGGACAGAGUAUUAAGCAGGAAUUAACGGACGGAGAGGAGCAUGACCAGAGUGAACUAAGAAAUCUCAGUGGAGGUCUGAUCCUGGAACAGGCAAACUUGUCUGAACUGGGAAUGGUCAAUGAAGCGCUGUCAGGCAUUGGUCACUUUACCAAUAAGGCUGAUGAUGAUGAAGAUGACAAUGGUAAUGACUUCAUUGAUGAGGACACCAGUGGUCUAUUUGGUGAUAAUUCAGGUGGUUUGACAAGCUCCUAUCUGAUGGAUGAGACAGAAGAGGACCUGCCAGCGACAGAGGGGCCACGGACACAGGGCUCAGUCGUGACCCCCUUUGGCAAGAGGCCAAUCAUUGUGGGGCAGUCGAAAAGCUUUGAUAUGAAAUCAGAACGUAGAAUUGUUCAGUGGGUGCUGGAGCGCAAUGCAAGGGAUGGUUAUGUGUUCACUGAUGAUUUUAAAGACUUCGCCAAAACUCUGUAUAAAGGGUCCAAACCAUUUGGUGCUACGCAGUGUUGGAUGAAAAAGUUCCUAAGACGUAACAGAGUGUUGAGGGAUGUGAAGUUCUGUUCCAAAUAUAAGAAUACCUACACCACAGGCGAGAAGCAAACUGCCGUAGCUCUAGCUAAGCGCUUUGGUGUCACAUACGCUUCCAAAAGAACAGGCAUUAAUCAAAAGAUUAUCCACUGUUGGAAGCUGUCGGCUGAUAAGGGGCUUCUUACUUUGGAGGGUGUGGACACAGAUGACCUGAUGCCCGCGUCCAUAUCUGUAAGCAGUGAGGGUCCAUCCACCACCCUGCAUGACUCCAUGCUGGAUAUCUCCCAGGGUAACACACUUACCAGCCUUGAGACAGCAACAAGUCAUGGUAUUAGAGGGGAAGCUUCACAUGGCAUCGUGCCGGAAUUUGAGGAUAGAAUUGUGGAAGAAAUUAAGGAACUGCAACUGAAAGAAGGCAGUGUGAAUUACAACGACAUAAGUGCGAUCAGUCAGUCCAUUUAUAAGGAAACCAGACCAACAUUUAAAGCUUCGUACGGGUGGAUAAAGUCAUUUUUGGAACGUAGGAAAAUUGAUCUGCUAGGAAUUGAAUUGGAAAAUGUCAGUAAAGUUUUUGUAGAAGAUGAAACUGUUGCAAGUUCCAGUGAAAUCAGUAAGGAGCAGGUUUCAGCCAUGGUUGACCAGGCUCUUAAAGCCAUUGGAACAGAGGAUGGUGGUCUGACUGGGACUGGGGAACAGAUACGAAAACCGAUAAUUGUUGGGCCAUCAGUGGUGUUUGAUAGGAAAACAGAGAAGCAUCUGGUAGACUGGGCUUUAGAGAGGUUCAACAAAGAUGGCUAUGUUUUCACUGACGAUUUCAAACAGUAUGCCAAAUCUGUACACAAAGGUCCCAAACACUUUUCAGCCUCCUCAGGCUGGAUGACGCUGUUCCUGAGACGUCACAGGGCUCUGAAAGACGUGCAGUGGAAAUCCAAGUUUAAAAAUAACUAUACAGAGGGGGAGAAAAUGGCAGCAGUUCAAGAGGCCAAACGACUGGGCACUGGUCAUGUUGGGAGGACACUUGGCAUCGACCCUGCUUUGAUUUGUGCCUGGAGAAUCAAAAUGGAAAAAAAUGCUCCAAAGCAUCAAACAUUCUGGAAAGGUACAAAGUUGAAAAAGUUUGGUUGGAAGGUUACUAAAUUCCGUCCUCUUGCUAAUGCGCAGGCUUCUGAAAGUUCAUCUGAGGCGUUCAGGGGUGUGGUGCCAGAGUUUGAGCAGAGGAUCAUAGAACUCAUUCAUGAAGAGCAUGAAAGGGAGGGCAGUAUCUCGUACGAGGAAAUGAGUCGCUUGGCACAAUCUGUUUACAAGGAAACCAGACCAUCAUUUAAGGCCUCGUAUGCCUGGAUCAGGAACUUCAUGAAACGCAAUGAAGGAAAGCUGCAGGAGCUGAAUAUUGAGAAUGUGAAGAAAGUAUUCAUGCCUGAUGAUGAGACUGAUAAUCCAUCAACAUCGUUCCAUCAUGAUCCAGAUGGUGGUGAUUUCCAGUUAACAAACGUGUUCCACAAGAGGCCAAUCAUUGUAGGCCAGUCUCGAGCAUUUGACAUGAAAACAGAGAAGAGACUUGUUCAGUGGUUGGUAGACGAACAGCAGAAAAAUGGAUAUGUUUUCCUGGACCAAUUCAAAACCUUUGCUCAAUCUUUGUACAAGGGAGAGAAGAAAUUUGCAGCAACUCAGGCAUGGAGAAUUAAGUUUUUGAGAAGAAAUCAUGCAGCUUUGAAACAUGUUAAGUUCACAUCUCGGUUCCGAAACCAGUAUUCUUUGAAAGAAAAGAAAGUGAUUGUCCAGGAAUCCAAGAAGUUUGGCGUGGCUCAUGUUGCAAAGAUGACGGGUAUAGAACAUUGUCUCAUAAAUCAGUGGCGACUGAAACUUGAGCGUUCAGGACUGAUUUCAGCUGACACUGACUCCAGUCCUAUGUCAGUACCUAGCAACAGCUUACAUGGGCUGCCUAGCAACAGCUUACAGGGAUUUGCUUCAAAAGAAAAACCUUUGACUAAAAUCCAGAAACGAGCAGACCCAGGCUUGUUAAGUUCUCGGGGUAUUGUUCCGGCGAUGGAGCGCAGAAUAAUGCAAAUGAUAAACAACAAAAUGGAUGAUGAGGGGAGUGUGAGUUACAAGUUUGUUAGCAUGGCAGCACGCUCUGUCUAUAAAGAAACCAGACCUCAAUUCAAGGCCAGUUAUAACUGGGUAAUGGAUUUUGUCAAGAGAAAUAAGAAAGCUCUGCGGCACGUCGACUUCGAAACGUCACCAAAAGCAGAGUUUGGAACAGGAGACAUUGACAUGGAGAUCCUUUGUACUGACGACACCAUUCCUAACAUGGAAGCCCUGUUUGCUGAGAAUCAGGAGGUCUCAAAGAUUACCAGUAGUCAUUUGAAGGAAACCACUCAGUCCGCGGCCAACCAGGAACACACGCAUACGGACAGCGAUAGUGCAAAUGACCCCAUGAUUGUUAUCGAGAAUUUUGAAGGUGAAGUUUUAAGGUCUGAAGAUAUUGAUGCAGUUCCAGGUGCGAGCUCUGAACUGAAUAAAAUUGCUCAAACAAAGAGGCCAAUAAUCAUAGGAAAAGCAAAACAUUUUACAAGGAAAGAAGAGAAACAAUUAGUUGAAUGGUUGAUGGAAAAGAAUGAAAAAGAUGGGUUUGUGUUUACAGAUGAUUUUCGAAGGUAUGCUAGGUCCAUGUAUAAAGGGGAACAAGAGAAAUUUGGUGCAACCAAUGCUUGGAUAACAAAGUUCUUGCGGAGGAAUCGUUUGGAAAAUAAACUUAAAUUCCAGUCAAAAUUGGUUGGAAACAAUCCAAAGUUUGAAGAAAAGAUUGUUCAACUUAUACUUAAACAGCAAGAAAAGGAAGGUAGCGUCUCAAAUGACGACAUUCAAAGAAUUACAAUGUCUGUGUACAAAGAAAUACGACCUAAUUUUAGGGCAUGUUACAACUGGAUUAAAGAUUUCAUCAAACGUCACAAGGAUGAAUUAGCAGGUGUUGAAUUGGAAAAUGUGAAAAAAUUGUACAUUCCUGACGACAAUGAAAAAGAUGGAGUGUUAAUUCGAGAUUAUGAUCCGUCUCUGAGUAUUUCUCUUUUGGACAAUUAUUCAGAAAGCAGGCACAGUUUAGGUGAGGCUAGCAACGGUAGAUUUGUAGGAAAACAAAGCAGUGACACCUCAUGGGUUGAUCUUGAUGACACGGUUGACCUUGACAGUUCACAGUCAUCAUUUACCUCGCCUUCCACCAGUCAAACAUCGAGCAGCGUUCUAGUUAAGUUGGCCAAUCAGAAGCGACCUGUGAUCAUAGCUCCACCCAAAAUGAUGGACAUCAAGACAGAAAAGAAAUUGGUACAGUGGAUGCAGGAACAACAGGAGAAACAGGGCUGUGUGUACCUUGACCUUUUUAAGCAAUAUGCCAAAUCAUUGCACACUGGACCCAAACACUUUGCAGCCACCCAGGCUUGGAUGACGCGGUUCAAACAGAGAAAUCACACUGCACUGAAGAAUGUGGUUAUCAAAUCAAGGUUCAGAAAUGAGUAUUCUAUGGAAGACAAAAUUGCUAUUGUGGAGGAAGCCAAGAGGCUUGGUUCUCAUCAUGUGGGCAGAAAACUGGGGAUCAGUGGGUCCGUUAUUUACCAAUGGAAGGCACAGCUUGAUCAAGCUGAAAAGCCUGGUGGUGGUGCGAUGUUCAAAGAGGCGUUGGAUGUCGGGGACGCAGGAAGUUCAAGGGGAGUUGUGCCAGAGUUUGAAUCGCGCAUAGUCAGAAUGGUGCUGGAGACCCAGAGAGCCAAAGGCAGUGUCUCAGACGAGGACAUAAGCUUGUGUUCCCGAUCAUUGUACAAGGAAACGAGGCCAAACUUUAAGGCAAGUUACAACUGGGUUUCAGAUUUUAUUCGAAAGUAUGAAGAUCAGUUUAAGGAAGUUGUUUUUGAAAAUAGAAAAAAGAUUAAAAGUGAGGAAGAAAAGUUGCGAAUAUUGUCAGAAGAAAAGAAAUAUGGGACUGAACAUGUUAUAAAGAAGCGAAACAUUUCAGCUAGUACAAUAAGCACAUGGAAAAAGCAGAUGAGAGAAAAAGCGAUUCCCAUUCCAAAGUUCAAAGCUGCAAUAAGUGAUAAAAUAAAAAAGAAAUAUGCCAAGAACAAGAUAAAGAAUUAUACCACAGAAGAAAAGAGAAAUAUGGUAACCAUAGCUGAAGAACAUGGGAUCACACAUGCGUCACUGAAACUGGGAAUUUCUAGGAAAGUGAUUGACAAAUGGAUUAGAUUCUUUCGAGACCAAGGCGAGGAGAUAACCAUCAAAGCCAGAAAGCCUUCAGUACUGAAGAAAGAACUGGAGCAGAAAAUUCUUAGUUGGGUGCUAGAGCAGAAUGCAACCCUUGGAGUGGUUCUUACCAAUCGUGUCAUAGAUUAUGCCAGAAAGGUGUUUGAGGAAGCCUUCACCAACUUCACCGCCUCCACCAGCUGGCUAGAGGCCUUCCUGUCUGCCCAAGGCUCCAAGCUAGAGAAUGUACGCUUCAGGGACAAAGGUGAUAGUGAUCUGGAAUUUUCUGAUGAAAUCAAAUUGAAGAUAGCUCGUCAUGCUGAGGUCAAUACUGGCACGGUGACAGCUGAGCUGACUGGCUUGUUGCCAAAAGUUAUCUACCACUGGAGGCGACAGCUGAAACAGAAAGGUUAUGAUCUUAAAACAGAUCUGGACUCGUCAAGUGAGAAUACGCCUGGUCUACCUUUAGACCCAUCACCAAGCACAUCUCCUGAACCUACAAGUGUCCUGCAGCUGAAAUUGGAUCGAAUAGCAGCAAAAUUUGAUAUAGCAACCAGGCGGAGAAUAGUAGAGGAGGCCAGUAUAAAUGGUACAUCUGCCACUGCAUCUCAUCAUAAAAUACCAUUGCCAUUGCUCCUGAAAUGGAUGAAGACAUCAGUCAAUGGGACAGAGAGCCCGGCAACAGUCUCAUCUAGUCCUGUCUCUUCCACAGGCGUGCCAAAAGACUCUUCAAUGUCCAGUGCUGAGAAGACGUUCAAACGCCACAGCAAGGAAACCAGGGUGGAGGCUGUUGCAGAAGCUAAAGUUAUUGGUGUGAAAUUAGCAUCAGAGAAAACGGGUGUCCCAUAUUCCACAUUGUAUAUGUGGGUGAAAGAAGAACGUGAGUCCAGUGUUGACAGCGAGAGAGACUCACUUGAGAGAUUAGUGGCUGAAAAACGAAGAUCUGUGUCGCAAGAUGGUGUAAGUGUGGCGUCUGAAACAGUUGUGAAAAUAAUACCUCCGGAGAAAAUAAAGAGAGAACCUGGUCUACCAGUGAAAACUUCAGCAUUCAUACCAGCAGUUGCCAGCAAACAUAAUCCUGUGAUAUCCCCACCAAAGAAAGUUGUCAGAAAAUAUACUGAUCAAGAAAAGUUUGAUGUUGUUAAAAGUGCUUUGAAAAUAGGUACAAAGGAAGCUGCCUUGAUGUUUGAUAUUCCACAGUCUAAUGUGAAGAGGUGGAGGGACUUGUAUAAAGACCAGGUCCUCAGCCUUGCUAAUGUAGCUGCUAAGAAAAAAACUCUGCCAGCCCCUGUAAUCAAGGCUAAACAUGAGUCACAAGAGUCAGUCAAUGAAAGUAAACGCAAAGCUGAGGAAAGUAUUGAACAAGGGAAACCAAAAAGGGGCAAGUACACUGUUGAGGAAAAACUAGCCUUUGUAAAGGAAAGUGAUACAACAAACAUGAAAGUUGUUGCUGAAAAGGCUGGGGUGACAUUGGACUGUUUAUAUCGCUGGAGAUUCCAGUAUCUGGCCAGUGUUCGUCUUGCUGCUGCCACCUCUGCUGCUGGUCAUUCUGGCACCCCUGACAGAGAGAAGUCUGGCUCCCCAGUGAUGCCUGCACCCCGGAACAUAUCCUUUAUGCUGCCAGAGCAGACAAGGGAAGAGCGGGCAGUUCAAGACAUUGAUGAGAUUGAUAGCUUUGAACAUCCAGAAAAUAUUGUGGCCAGACUCACUGAAGAUGAACUAGCUCAGAUUGAGUCCAUGACUGAGACAACUAUGAAAGGUUUGGAUGACAUCUCUAACAAUGGUAAGGCAUUGGAGGGAAAGGAUAUCCAAUCUAUGAAAAGCCUCAAAGGAGCCAGCCCACCUCUGGAUGACAUUGUUAUCAGUGCCACAGGGCGCCUGUUGGAGAUGACAUCAGAAUAUGAGCCCUCUCCGAUGCAUGGUAGCCUGGGACCAGAUGAGACAUCACCCAGCCACCAUGGUGAUACUGAGAUAGAUGAAGUUCAAGGUGACGAGAAUAAUGACUGGGGAAAAAUAAAAAUUGUAAAUGUUAAAAGUGAAGCACCAAUUUCCUAACUAUGCUUAGGGUAUUUUUAUUAUUAAUUUACAUAAUUGGGUAUUCAGCUGUAUUCAGAUUUCAAUCACCCCAUUAUGAGAUUCAUAAUGCUGAGUCUAUUCGCUCCACUUUAUCUUAUCCAGCUGAUUUUUAAGUAUUUUUUUGCUAUGCUUUUUUUAUUUCUUGUGAAAAAACUGCAAUACAAUCAAGAAAUAAUUAUUGAUUUUUGAGUGUUUAUCAUCAAGCAAACACAGAUUACAAGCAAAAUUUACUGUGUUCGAAUGUAAACAUAGUUUGGACCACAUUAUUCAAAAAUGGGUCAUAUGCCAAAUGUGUCCAGCCAAGCUCCAGAUUAGCCUGCCCAGUUACGCAGUCUUUUUACCAGCUUCCCUGUCUGCUCACGAAACCAUAAAGGCUUGUGUUACUUUACAGAUGUUUUUAGUCGAACAUGGUCUGUAAUAACGGUUGCAUAUGUAAAAAAAUACAUGGUACUUUGAUUAGCUUAGAAUGAAGACUACAAUUGUUCAUUUAAUGGGGUUGAGUUACAAUUAUAAAUUUAUUCUGCAGAAAGUUCUGCCAGGAAGUUAAAAUGAAAUAAAUUUAAAAUAUAGUAACAAAAAGUACCCCACAUCCGAGUACCAAACUCAAAGAUUAAGUGUUGUAAGUUCCUGAAGAUUGUAUUGUUUUGAAUAUGUGCUGAAGAUAUUGUUACCAAAGUUAUGUCUCUUAAAGUAUAACUUUGUUACUAAGAGUAUUAGCUCACCUGAGCACAGUAUGUUCAUGUUCAUGGUGAGCUUUUGUGAUAGCCUUUUGUCUGUCGUAUGGCAUCAUUGUUUCCUUUUGAACACUAGAGGCCAUAUGUAUUUUCCGAUCUUCAUGAAACUUGAUCAGAAGAUUUGUCACAAAGCUGUCUUGUAAUGGUUUUAAAAUGGUUCCGGUUGGUUGAAAAACAUGGCCACCAGGGAAAGGGCAUUUUUCCUUAUAUGGCGAUAGUAAAAUUUGUUAACACUCUAGUCCAUUGUCUAUUGUUGGAUCUUCAUGAAACAUUGUCAGAAUAUUAUAUUUGAUGAGAUCCCAAAUGGUUACUGUUUGUUGAAGAAGAUGGCUGCUAGGGUUGGGCAUUUUUCCUUAUUUAGCUAUAGUAAACCCUUGUUAACACUCUAAAGUCACUUUUUUAGUCCAAUAUUCAUGAAAUUUGGCCAGAACAUUUGUUUUUAUCACAUCUGGGCUGAGUUUGAAAUAGUUCAAGUCUGUUGAAAAACAUGGCCGCAAGGGGGCUGGGCAUUUUUUCCUUAUAUAGUUUUGGUAAAACCUUCUUAACUCUCUAAUUGAUAUUUGGGCCAAGUUUAAAUAUGGUUUCAAAAACAUUUUAAAAAAUUGCUGAGAACAGGUCAGUACCUGAAGUCUCAGGUGAGCGACCAUUGGCCUCUGGCCCACAUGUUUCUCAGUAAUAAUGCUGAAGAUAUAUCGAUCUGUUAUCUGUCAUAAAGACCAUUAUUUUGCCUGCCAAAUUUAUCACCUUAAUUAUCAUUUAUAAAAGGAAAUUACCAAAAUGUGUUUGAUAUAAUAUCUGGUGCUUUAUGUUUGCAUUUUUAUCAUUUUCUGUGUGUCUGUUCAGUGUACUUAGCAUAUGUGUGUAUUUCUUUUUUAAAUAUGCCUAUGUUGUGCAAUGUUUGAUAUGUGAGAAGUAUAUGUACGCAUUUAUAUUGGUUUGUUUUGUAAAAUCAUUUUGUAUCAUCUUAGUGUCCUGCCAAAUAUGUUUGUUGUUCUUGUUCGAUACGUACACAUGUAGAAACAUUGUUUUAGUUAGCAUAAAAGUAAUACUAUUGUCUAACUUUUAUUAACGACUGUGCAGCUGGUUUUUUGAUAAAUGUUAUACAUGUAAUGAGUUUGUAAAUAGGUAUGUGGACUUUUCAUCAACACAAAAUCAACUUUAAAAAAAUCUUACAAUUUGCACCUGUAUGGUAAUUUCAAUCUGUGGUUUAUUGCUUUAUUUUAAGCAGAUUUUGUGUUUUGUUUUAAGUAAUUGCACAUAAUUCACAUUUGAACAUAAUAGAUCUGUUUUUAAUGACAAUACCCAAAUGGAAUAUAUUAUGAUUGUUUCCCCUUCAAAAUAUUUUACAUGUGGGCUGUGCUCUGUGAAAAAGGGGUUUCAUUCAUGUGCGUAAAGUGCUGUCCAAGAUUAGCCUGUGCAGUCUGCACAGGCUAAUCAGGGACGACACUUUCCGCCAUACUUAAUUUUUGCUAAGAAGAGACUUUCUUGAAACAAAAAAUAUCAUAAAAGUGUAAUGUGUCGUCCCAGAUUAGCCUGUGCUGACUGCACAGGCUAAUCUGGGAUUACACUUUAGGCACAUGCAUUAAACCCCCUUUUUCAUAGAGAACAGCCCAUAUGUAUUUUAGUGUUCAGUUGCAUAUGAUGUGAUAGUCUCUUACAUGUACUUGUGUACUUGAUAUUCUGCAUGUAGUUAUGUUGUGUGUGUGUAAAGUUUUGCUAGUAUGGAUAUAAAUGCCAGUGCCAGUACAGGUAGCUCAUUCAACUUUAUUACAAAUGCAAAUGUCUUACAUAUGUAGUUGAAUGCUAUCUUCGGUCAACAGUUUUUAUGUGCCCACAGAUAGGGAGGUACACUGCAACUCCAAUAUAUCGCGGUCCCUUAUAUCGCGUUGUCCAUUGUAUCGCGAAUCGGCUUUGACUCCCAAAAAUCUGACGAGCUUGAUCACCAAAUGACAUGUUUUAAUCUGAAAAUUUGUUUUAAGAGUGGCCCUUGUCUGCCGCUACCAAUAAAUGUUGAAUGCAGUAGAAAGCUUAGCAACACACUAUCAAUGAUUUCACAUUAUUAUUUGAUCAAGCAAAUACAGUAAAAUCAUUUAUAUCAGAUUCUUCAAAUGUUUAGGUUUUUCAAAAAUGACUUCUUUGUGGACACGUAAAUUAAUUGAUUUCUGAUUUUGGGAAAGAAAAGAGAACUUUGCAUUUUCAAAUGUGGUUGAAAUCAACGAAAAAAUAAAUGUUGAAUGAAUAAUUAUCAUUUUACAGUAUCGAAACAUUGUUGGUUCUUACAGGCAAUUUGUCGUCACAUGUAUGUUAAAUGACUAAAAGCUUUAUGUUGGUGAUCUCAAUUUCUCAUCUUAAUAUUUUCUCUUGAACAACAAAAAGUCAAUUUUAUUCAAUCAUGCAACUACAAAUAAGUAUAGUUACUUGUCUAAUGAUUCAUUACUGAACCACUUGUUCAAUAUCAAUAAAAUUGUGGCUUAAGAUGUUCAAACACCAUUCUUUAAUGCCAUAUUCAUGUUUACUUUCCCAGAUAUAUUUAAAUACUAUUCCACGUGUAGUGAUGACGAUGUUGUGGUAUAUUUUGUUAGUGUGUUUUAGUUUUUUGUUCUAUACAUGUGCUAGUCAUUGUUUAUGGUUAAACGUUUUUCAUGUUUUUUAAUUAAUCUCUGAAAUGUUUGUGAAAAAUUGUAUAAUAGUUGGAAAACUGCAUUAUGGAAAUGAAGAUAUCUCAACAGCACUCAAUUGAAUACAUGGUACACCAAGAUAUCGUUGCAUGGCAUAUGAUAAUAAUAUUAUUGCAUGGUUCAUAAGGAUGUCAUUACCUGGUACACUAUGAUAUCAUUACAUGAUUCACUAUCAUGACCAUCGCACCUCUUAUUAUCAUUUAAAUAACUUCAUGCGUAUGUCAGUUGUGUAAACAUUUCAAAAUGUAAUGUAUUUUGAAUGUUGUCAAUAAAAUGUAGAUUUCA